CUUUCGGCACGACCAGAUAAAAAUGGCAGCUCUGCGUGGAUGGAAAUUCGUUGGCUUCGUGUCCUGCAUUGUAGGAGCCAUUGGCUUGGCGGUGUACCCGGUAAUAUUGGACCCAAUGCUCAACACGGACAAGUACAAGUCGCUCCAGGAGUACAGCAAAAUAAAAAGAGAUGAGCUGCAGCAUACGGUUAAGAGAAGGGAAUGAAAAGGACCCAAUAAUUGUAAUAUUGAGUGUGCGUAGAGAAUCUAUACCACAGAUGCAUAGAACAAGAUGUACAUUUUGUAGUUGUUCAAACAACCACACACUUAAACUAUGU